AUGGCAUCCACCGCCCCAAGCAAGCCCGUCUCUCACUUCGCGAGGGCUUUCGCCUCCCACUCCGUCGAAAUCCCCAAGCCUCACGAACCCGCCACGGCCAACCACCGAGCCGCCAUGCUCCCUACGCCGCCGAACUCCAUUUCUCCAACCCUCCCUCCGCAGCACAAGCUGCACUCCUCCUCGGCCCCUAAUACCAAUCCUCACGUUCAGAACGACUCCGAUGUCGACCUGCUCGACGCCGAACAGCCCCCGGCCCCUGCGCCGCUCUCCAGCGCCGCGCUGUCGGGCCUCGAGGCCGCCGAUACCAUUACUCCUGCCAUGCUCGCCAAGCACCACCUCCCGGAUAUUCUGAUGAACAACGGGCCUGUGGCCAUCCGCCAUGUCCUCAUGAACCUGGCACAAUCUGUCCCGGGAUUCUCCCGCAUACCACAAGCUAAAGCACGCCGGCUGGUUGUUGCCGCGCUGGAGAGCCGUACUGUCGGGAGCAGUGCGGUCAACGAAGGAGAGAUUGUAUUCGAGAAGGUCGGUUGGGGCCGCUGGGAUGCGCACAUUAUGGGCCAGCCGCGCCCGGAACGCAAUCUCACUGGUAGCGGCAUCCCGGUCAACGGCAUGCGGCAGUCAGCUCUCUCGCCUCCCGCCAGCGUUCCGGACAGUUACGCCAUGUCCGCAGACGGCCUCCACAUCCCACGGGCAGGUCACCGUGGACACCACGGCCACUUUGCCCGCCGCGAGGACCUCUAUUCCGGUAGCUGGGCUGCCAGUUCCGCUAUGAGCGGUCACGACGCCUCCGAUUACGACAUUGAUAUGAACAUGGCCGAACACGAGGCCGACAAGAUGUCUAUGGACGGCGAUGAUGCCGGCUAUGACUCUCCGCCCGCACCGGAGAAUAUGGAUGACGACAUCGAGCUGGAUGAGGAAGACGAGGCCACGGACGAAGAGGACUGGGCCGGUAUCGGCGCUCAAGUCUUACGUCAGGGUAGCAUGGGCGGAUUCGGAGGUGGCUUGGGCGGAGGCGGCGUCAUGAGGGAUUACAACCAAUUGUCGAGGAGCGUCACUGCCAGAGCAAAGAUGUCGCCCCAGCCGCGGGCCUUUGCGAACGCGUACAUGAAGAGCAGAGGCAGCCCCCGAGGUGUCUCCGCGAGCUACCAAGAUCGCGCCCCCCAUUUCACUGGCACCGCACCUACCGGCUGGACAAGCAUUGCCCAACAGAACCCGCAAGAGAGAGAAGCCAUCGAGGCACUGCUGAAGAUGGGCUCGAUGUAA